AUGAAAAGAAAGAUAAAGAAUGGAGCGGGCACCGCAAAGUCACCAAAAGCAAAAAAGAGAAGAAGUGUUGUACUUGAAGUGAUUCAUAUUAAUCCGAAAUAUCUCGAAGAAAAGUACGAGAAAGAGUUCAAAAAGGGAUUUGAAAAAUCUCCUUUCCCUCACUGGCAAAUUCGAAAUUUCGUGGAGAACAGUGAUAAUGUCGUAGAAAAAGUUGAAGAAGAACUCCAACAUUUCGAAAAUUGGAGUAGAAAAGAGAAUGAUUUAUAUUCACUUUUUCAAACGGACGAUUUCAAGUCAAUUGACCCAACAGAAAAUCCUUCUAUUUUCUCUUUCAGACAAUUCUUGUACACUGAAGUGAAAGAGUGGCUUCAAAACAUUUCUGGAGUUGAACUAACUGAACAAGUCGAUUGUAAUGGCAGCUGCUACGCAAGAACCGAUUCUCUGCUCCCACACAACGAUUUGAUUGAAACUCGUCGUUUCGCAUUCGUCUAUUAUAUGACCUCAGCAAACUGGGACUCGGCAGCCAAUGGAGGAGAUCUACAGCUCUUCAAUAACGACAAAAGUCUUCAACCAACAACUGUCGCCACACAGUUUGCUCCUCUUCGCAAUUCUUUGAUUCUUUUCGAAGUUUCUGAGAAAUCAUGGCAUCGUGUUGCUGAGAUGAUUUCGGAAGAGCCACGUCUUUCAAUCAAUGGAUGGUUCCACUCAACGAGACGACUUCAACCGAAGAAACCAGCUGUUGAAAGUAUUCGCAGAUUCAUUCCUGAAAACAAAUGUAAGCUUCUAAAGCUGAUCAACAAGGAUUUUACGACUGAGAAAAGACAAAACGAAGUUCAACAAAUAUUUUCGGAUAACUCAGAACUCAAUUUGAACGGAUUCUUGCUGGAAAAUAUUCACAAAGAAGUGUUCACUGAACUUGUUUCCAACCCAUCGUAUUUCAAAACUGUUGGCCCUGUAAAUAAACGCCACGUGGCUAGACUCCUGGAAGAGAAAGCAGCACAGCUGAAAACAACGAGCCGAAUUAUCGAAUGCUUGAAGUCCACCACUUUUGCAAGACUUGCAGCAAAACUUACCGGUGUAACUGUUUCCGGUGCACAAACUAGUGUGACUGUGAGUCGUGUGGAACACGGAACGUAUUGGGUACUCGGAGAUGAAGAUGCUGAACAAAGUAAUGCUGAUGGAUACUGUUUGGAUCUUCACUUGUUUGUACAGGAAAAGCAGUGGGGCGAUGAUGCUGGAGGAAACUUGAUUUAUAUUGCAGAAGGAGAAACAGAGGAGCUUCUCCGAAUUUCUCCAUCUCCAAACGCUGCGUCCAUCGUAUUCCGUGAGCCAGGAGUUUUAUCGUUCAUGAAAUUCGCAAACUGCGAUUCAACUGAUCCAUACUUCCUGUUCACCGUAUCAUUUUACAACGUCAAAGUCGUUGACGAAUAA